AUGAUUAUUGGUGUUGGAUUACUAAAUUCACCUACAAGAUGGUAUGAAAUAAUUAUUUCUGUAACUGUGGAUACCACGUUGGCCAGCUUAGCGAUUUUACUGGGUGUAAAGCUACGAGUUCCAGAAAGAAAAUUGGAGAUAAUCUUGUUCUCGAUAUGGUGUGUGUUUGGGGGAAUCGGAAUCAUUUUAUUGAUUAUAGGGGCGGCACUUUUCAACUAUAUUGUACUAGGUGUAUCCUGGAUUUGUUGGUGCUGUAUAAUGUUAAUUGUGAUUGUAUACACAGCAUAUUAUUGGUGUGGAUCCAGUGAAGAACAGUCGCAUGUUAUGUACAUUCUUUUCUUAUGGUCUUAUGAAUAUACCGCACUAAUUAUCAGUUCACAAUUUUGUUUAAAUUCAUUCAUCGAUUGUCAUCAGUGCUCUGGGAAAAUGAAUAACACAAUGAUUGGACAUUAUGAAUAGAUGCUAUUCCAUUGGAUGUUUUUAUAUAUUUGAAGAUUAUUGUAAAUGGCUUUGUUAUUUAUAAUAG